AUGGGGAACGACGGAGGAUCAAUUCCUAGACGUAUUGAGCUUGUCAAAGAGAAAGCAAAAGAAGUUAUUAUUAACCCUGAUCUCGAAAGAAUCGCUGCUUGGUUUUAUUGUGCUUUAUCCAAGCGUUUACUUGAACAACCUGUUGUAUCAUGUGGGCUGGGGAAACUAUAUAAUCAAGAUGCCAUUAUUGAAUACCUUUUAGAUCCAAAUACAUACGGUGAUGGUGACAAGAUUUGUUCUCACAUUACUUCUUUAAAGGAUACCACUAAACUUAACUUGACACCCAAUCCAGCCUUUAAUAAUGAUAAAGGAGCAACGACAAUGGGUAAUUUAGAAAAGGAUAUAAAAAAAAUGAAUGGUAAACAUAGAUUUGUUUAUUUGGAUACAUGUGGUUGUGUUUUCGCAGAACAAGCUUUAAAAGAAAUUCCUACAAAGGAAUGUGUCAGUUGUGGUAAACCUUUUGAAAAUCAAAAUAUAAUCAUCAUUAAUCCAAAUAAAGAAGAACAAGAGAGAAUGAAGGGAUUGAUGGAAGAAAAGAAAGCAAAGGCAAAGGCAGAAAGGAAGGCAAAGAAAGCUAAAAAUGGAGAUAAAAAGAGAAAGAAAAAGGAUUCACCUGAUAUAACAACAGAGACACCAAAGAAGAAAUUGGCUACAGCUAACAUUCAAUCUUCAGCAGCAGUAGCUGUUUUAGAUAAAGUAGCUCAAGAAUUAGCAGAAAAGCAAAAGAAUAGUCCAAAUUUAUCAAAAGCAGUGAAGAGUAUUUAUGGUUCUAAAGACAAAAAAGACAAUGGAAACUAUCUCACCAAAGGUACAUUUACCCGUUACUAA